AUGGAUCCAUUCUCGGGCGAAGGAGAGCUUCUCAACAUCCACAAUGCCUUCUUCCAGGGCCAAUAUGACAAAGUAGUCGAGUUUGACACCAAACCCCUUUCCGCAAGCAACCAACUCCCCGCCAGAAUAUUCCAACUCCGAGCUCGGAUAGCCCAGGGCGAUUUCGAGGAUGUCCUUGCUGAGUUAGAGGGAGAAGAGGAACCAGAGCUUGCCGCUGUUAGAGCUCUUGCCAAGUUCAAUACAGAAGAGUUGGAAACUGCGAUCGAGGAGAUCGAAGAGCUAGCCAAGUCAUCAGGUGAUAAUGCGACAGUACAAGUUAUUGGCGGUAUUGUACUACAAAGGGCAGGGAAGACCGAUGAGGCUUUAGCGCUUCUAAGUCAACAUCAAGGAAAUCUCGAGGCUGUCUCUAUCAUCGUUCAAAUCAGACUGGCUCAGAACAGAACAGAUCUCGCGAUCAAGGAAGUUACAGCGGCGAAGAAGUGGGCACAAGACAGUCUCGUCGUCAAUAUUGCUGAGGCUUGGGUCGGCCUGAGAGUGGGUGGUGACAAGUAUCAGCAGUCGUACUAUGUUUUUGAAGAACUAGCACAGGCUCCAUCUACAUCAAGCACAAUGUCGCUAGUCGGCCAGGCAAUCUCAGAGUUACAUCUUGGCAGGCUACCGGAAGCAGAGGUCGCCCUUCAACAGGCCCUCACAAAAGACAAGGGUGACAUCGCGGCCCUAGCUAAUAAGAUCGUAUUGACUGCAUUGACUGGUGGCGAUACUACAGCAGAUAUAAGUGCUCUCGAAGCCCAAGACCCCAGCCACGCAAUGGUGCUAGAUAUUGCUGAGAAGAAUGAACUAUUCGACAAGGCGGCUUCAAAAUAUUCCGCCAAAGUAUCUGCUUAA